CAGUGAACAGUAAACAAAGUGUGUCAAGUGUGCCACUGCAAACCACAGCGCAAGAUCCACAAAAUACGAAGUGACGGACAUGCCUAGCAAGAAGAUCAUGUUCUUCAGCCUGAUCAUAGGCCUUAGCCUUGCUGGCUGCAGUGCUGAGAGCGAGGACGAUCGAUUUGUAUACUCUGGCUUCACCGGCAGCAACCUCACCCUUGAUGGAAAUGCCAGAAUCACACCGAGCGGCCUCCUUGAGCUGACCAAUGGUACGGUUCGGCUUAAAGGCCACGCAUUCCAUCCAAAUCCUCUGCGCUUCCACAAAUCACCCAAUGGCACGGUGCAGUCUUUCUCUGUGUCAUUCGUGUUUGCCAUCCUCUCCACCUACCCGGACUUGAGUGGCCAUGGCCUUGCCUUCUUCAUCGCGCCGAGCAAGAAUUUCUCAGGAGCAUUCCCUACCCAGUAUUUGGGCCUCCUCAAUGACCGAAACAAUGGUGACACAAACAACCACAUCUUCGCAGUUGAGCUCGACACAGUCCAAAACUAUGACUUAGAAGACAUCAAUGACAACCACAUCGGCAUCGACAUCAACAAUCUUCACUCUAUGCAAUCUCAUGAUGCUGGCUAUUACGACGAUAAUAGUGGCAUCUUUCAGAGAUUGGCACUCAUUAGCAACCAGGCAAUGCAAGUGUGGGUCAGCUAUGAUAGAGAGACCACACAGAUCAAUGUGACCAUGGCUCAGCUCAAUUUAGCAAAACCUGCAAGGCCACUGCUUUCUACCACCUAUAAUCUCUCAACAGUGCUCACUAGCCCUGCAUAUAUUGGCUUCUCAUCCUCUACAGGCACAGUCAGCGCCCGGCAUUAUGUGCUUGGUUUGAGUUUUGGCAUGAAUAGCCUCGCUCCACCCAUCGAUAUUGGCAAGCUGUCUGAGCUGCCUCGCCUUGGUCAAAAGGUUCAGUCCAGGACAUUACAGAUAAUUUUACCAAUAGCAAUUGCAGUGUUCCUCCUUGCAGUAAUCACUACCAUUUCUCUGCUUGUACGGAGGAAUCUAAGAUAUGCAGAGCUACGCGAAGAUUGGGAGGUUGAGUAUGGGCCGCACCGGUUCUCAUACAAGGAUUUGUUUGAUGCUACAGAGGGAUUUAAGGAUAAGAACUUACUAGGUAGUGGAGGGUUUGGAAAGGUAUACAAAGGGGUGCUUACUAAAUCAAGAUCCGAAAUUGCUGUGAAGAUGGUGGCACAGGACUCAAAUCAAGGAAUAAAGGAAUUCAUUGCAGAGAUUGUUAGCGUAGGCCACCUUCAACACCGCAAUCUUGUGCAGUUACUGGGAUAUUGCCGGCGAAAAGGUGAACUUCUUUUAGUAUAUGAUUAUAUGCCAAAUGGAAGCCUAGACAAAUACCUAUAUGGUAAAGAGGGAAAGCCAACUUUGGAUUGGGCUCGGCGGUUUCAAAUCAUCAAAUGUGUAUCAUAUGGUUUACUCUACCUUCACGAGGAGUGUGAGAAAGUUGUCAUACAUCGAGACAUUAAGGCUAGCAAUGUGCUCCUUGACAACGAGAUCAAUGGGCGAAUAGGUGACUUUGGUCUCGCAAGGUUGUAUGACCAUGGUAGCGACCCAGAAGCGACACAUGUUGUUGGCACCAUAGGGUACCUAGCUCCAGAGCUUGCACGCACUGGCAAGGCAAGCCCUCUUACAGAUGUAUUCGCCUUUGGCGUGUUCAUUCUUGAGGUCACCUGUGGGCAAAAGCCUAUCAAGAAAGGCAGAGAGGACAGCCAGCCCAUGUUAGUUGACUGGGUGCUCGAACAUUGGCAUAAAGGGUCACUCAUUGAUGCAGUGGACAUCAAGCUUCAAGGCGAAUAUGAUGCUAGUGAAGCAUGCUUAGUACUAAAGCUAGGAUUGUUGUGCUCUCACCCGUUCACAAAUAUAAGGCCAACUAUGAGGCAAGUCAUGCAGUACCUCAACAAGGAAAUGCCACUACCAGACCUAAUGCCAACACAUUUAAGCUUCUGCAUGCUGGCCUUGAUGCAGAACGAAGGGUUCAGCCCUUACACAAUAUCGCAUCCUUCUCCCAUGCCUCACAAGAAACACAAGUGUUCCAUUACAUGCCAGAUCCUCUUCAUUGGCCUCAAGCUUGCAUCCUUCACCAUAGCUAAUGACCAGUUCGUUUACUCCGGCUUCGCCCAAGCUAACCUCAGCCUUGAUGGAGCUGCCACAAUCACACCAGAUGGACUCCUUGAACUAACCAAUGGCACCUUUAACCUCAAAGGACAUGCUCUAUACCCAACUCCUCUGCACUUCCGCAGGUCACCUAGUGGCUAUGUACAGUCUUUUUCCAUCACCUUCGUCUUCGGCAUCCUCUCCGCCUACCCUGACAAGAGUGCUGAUGGUAUGGCCUUCUUCAUUGCCAGAAACAAGAAUUUCUCCACUGCGUUUCCAGCCCAGUACUUGGGGCUCCUCAACAACCAGAACAAUGGUAACACAAGCAACCAUAUAUUUGCAGUUGAGUUUGACACCAUUCAAAACAGUGAGUUCCAGGAUAUCAAUGACAACCAUGUUGGCAUCAACAUCAAUAGUCUCCACUCUGUGCAAUCCCAUGAUGCUGGCUUCUAUGAUGACAAAACUGGUAUGUUCAAGAAUCUGAGCCUCAUUAGCCGUGAGGUGAUGCAAGUAUGGAUAGAGUACGAUGGAUGGACCAGAAAGGUCGAUGUAACUUUGGCACCCAUCAAAAUGGCCAAACCUAAAAGGCCACUAGUAUCAACCAUCUAUGACCUCUCAACAGUGUUCAUAGACACGGCAUACAUUGGAUUCUCAUCUGCAACUGGCGUAAUCAACUCAAAAUACUGCGUGCUUGGCUGGAGCUUCAGCAUGAGCAAGACUGCUCCCGGGGUUAACAUUACCAAGCUGCCAAAGUUGCCUCAUGUUGGCCUAAGGCCUCACUCAAAUGUCUUAAAGAUUGUUCUGCCAAUAGUCAUUGCAGCACUCAUCCUUAUUGCUGGAAUUGUCGUCAUUUUAUUUGCGCGAAGGAAAUUGGCAUAUACUGAGCUCCGAGAAGAUUGGGAGAUGGAAUUUGGGCCACAUAGAUUCCCAUACAAGGAUUUGUUCCUCGGCACACAAGGAUUUAACAAUAAGAACAUACUCGGAGCAGGAGGAUUUGGAAAGGUGUAUAAAGGCACACUUCCCACAUCUAAAUUGGAGGUUGCGGUGAAGAAAUUGUCACAUGAGUCAAAGCAGGGGGCAAAGGAGUUCAUUACUGAGAUUGUAAGCAUGGGCCGCCUUCGACAUCGCAACCUUGUGCAAUUACUUGGCUAUUGCAGGGGAAAAGGUGAACUUCUUCUCGUCUAUGAUUACAUGCCAAAUGGCAGUCUUGACAAAUAUCUAUACUGUGAACAAGAAAUGCCCUCGCUGGAUUGGGCCAAGCGGUUCAAUAUCAUCAAAGGAGUUGCAUGUGGCUUGCUCUACCUCCAUGAGAAGUGGGAUAAAGCUAUCAUCCAUAGAGAUAUCAAAGCAAGCAAUGUGCUUCUUGAUUGUGAACUGAAUGGGAGGCUAGGAGAUUUUGGCAUUGCAAAGUCGUAUGAUCAUGGUACUGACCCGCAUACCACACGUGUGGUUGGUACCAUGGGCUACCUAGCUCCAGAACUGGUACGCACAGGCAAGCCGUCUCCUCUUACAGAUGUUUUUGCAUUUGGCGUAUUCCUUCUUGAGGUUACCUGUGGGCAAAGGCCUAUCAAGAACAAUGCAAGAGGCGAUCAACGUAUGUUGGUUCAUUGGGUACUUGAGAAUUGGCAGAAAGGAUCACUUGCAGAGACAAUAGACCAGAGGCUCCAAGGCAAGUGCAAAAUAGAUGAGGCAUGCCUGGUGCUAAAGCUUGGCCUGCUGUGCUCGCAACCCUUUGCUAGCGCAAGGCCUACAAUGCAUCGAGUCAUGCAAUACCUCAACGGCGACAUGCCAUUACCAGAGUUCACACCAACUGAUAUGAGCUUCAGCAUGCUAACCCUGAUGGAAAACAGGGAGUUCGACCCUUCCGGCAUGACAAAUCCACAGCUGAUGACGAGCAUCGCUACACUAUCAAGCCUCUCAGAAGGAAGAUAAAAAAAGAUCCGUAGUCUAGGUUUUUAAUGAUGUUUUCCUGUAUAUUUGGUACUCCCUCCGUUCCUUAAUACAGGUCAUAUAAAUUUGUGCACUUCAACCAAGAUGA